CUAGAAGUUCAUACAUAGCAUCUCGUCUGCACAAUGCCCAAGAGGACCUCUGACGCCGCCGACUUGCCUGCUGGUAAGCUCACUUCCAAUGGAAAAGCACAAAGUCGAGCCGACCAAGAUGAUGAAAUGGGAGAGUUCGAAGACCGGUGGGAGGACGAUAUCGAAUCCGAGGACGAGGUCUUGGAUGGUCCAGAAGGAGAAGACGAUGACGAGGAUGACGAUUUUACCCCUGCUCAAGAGGACUCUGAAGCUCCGCCAGAAGCCAAGCAGACGUAUUUACCAGGAACAAAACUAGGCCCAGAUGAACAACUCGUACCGGAUAAUUCGGUCUACCUUGCUCUUCACUCUCUAUCUUAUGCGUGGCCGUGCUUGUCCUUUGACGUUCUUCGUGAUAACCUCGGAUCUGAACGUACGACUUUCCCACAUCAGGCUUGGAUAGUUACGGGGACACAAGCUGGAGAGGUUCCAGGACAAGGACGAGCAAAGGACGAAGUGGUCGUUAUGCGUCUCGGGGGUCUCAGCAAGACCCAACAUGAUGAUGACGAUUCCGACGCGGAGGAAGAAGAUGAAGAUGAGGGUCAAGACGAAGAGGCUACUCUGGACUACCUCACCAUCCCUCACGUGGGCAGCGUGAACAGAAUACGCGCUGCUCCUGCGCCAUCCUCGACUGUCCCCGACCCAUAUCACGUCGCCACAUUCUCUGAGACUGGCAAGGUCCACAUUUUCGACGUGAAGCCCUAUAUCGAUACCUUGGCUGGACCAUCCAAACCUCGGCAAAAAGUGCCUGUCCAUACUAUCUCCAAUCACGGUCGAAAUGAAGGAUUUGCUGUCGAGUGGGGUCAAACGGGUCUUUUAACUGGAGAUGUAGACGCUAAAAUAUACUUGACGACUUCCACUCCGACAGGAUUCAACACCUCUCCAAACGCAUACACAUCACAUACGAGUUCGAUAGAGGACAUUCAGUGGAGUCCAAAUGAGAGCACCGUCUUUGCUUCCUGCAGUGCAGAUCGGACAGUCAGAAUAUGGGACAUACGUGCAAAAGGUCGAAAGAGCGUCGUCAGUGUCGAAGCUCACAAAGAGGACGUCAACGUCAUCAGCUGGAACAAGGGCGUAGGCCACUUGUUGGUCAGCGGAGGAGAUGAAGGUGGCAUCAAGGUUUGGGAUCUUAGAAUGUUCAAAGGAGCCGCGACGCCCGUUGCUGAUUUCUCAUGGCACUCUGAACCUAUCACUUCGGUCGAAUGGCACCCUACAGAUCAUUCCGUCUUUGCCGCAUCUGGAGCAGACGAUCAACUCACCCUCUGGGAUCUGUCGGUGGAAGUGGACGAAGACGAAGCGCCCACCGAUCCGUCUCACCCCGAUGUCAAAGUGCCUGGUCAGUUGCUCUUCGUUCACCAGGGCCAGAAAGACGUCAAGGAGCUACAUUGGCAUCCACAGAUUCCAGGUAUGCUCAUCUCGACCGCUAGCGAUUCGUUCAACGUAUUCAAAACUAUAUCGUGCUAGAGCAAUA